AUCGUUUUUUAACAGGACGUUUUAUCGUUAUUGUUUCUUAUUUCAUUUUUGUUUGGCUUACUUUUAUAUUAUACUUCAGAUAUUGGGCUCUAAAUCCAUUACUAUUGAAAAUGGAAAACCGGAUGGAUCAAAGCUAUGCAAUAAUUAUAGAUAACAUUGAACCAUCUGAACCAGCUGAUCAACAAGUGAUUGACGACUGCACUUCUCCAACCAGUACUUCUGUAGACAGGAUACAUAAUUUUAAAGAAUUCUUCAACCUCAUCAACAAUAAUAAAAUUCAGAAGUUUUCAAAGUUCAAAGUAAACAGAAGAAUUUCAUCAUGUUGCAGUUAUUGCCAUUAUUUCAUGUUACUGGACAUUCUGGAAAGAGGGGAAACUUGUAUCAAGGUAAUAGUUGGCCAUUAUACAUCUUCGAGAGAAAUAUUUACAAAUAACAGCGGUUUUGGAGUAGGCAAAUUUAUAAAUGAACUGAAAGAAGUAAAACUCGAUGUACCAUCCGACCUUUUUGAUUUUAAAUCAGGACUCUUUCACUUCAAAUACGAACCCUCUACGUCUAAUGAAUCAAACAUACACGAACGACUUUGUGAGCGAUUAGGAGAGCGUGAUUACGACUUCAGACAUAACAACUGUGAACAUUUGAUAAACUAUAUAAUAUCUGGAGAACAAUAUAGUGAUGAAGCUGAAGAGAAAUCAUGUUGUGCCGAUUUCUGUACGACUACAGUUGGUGAAUUCAAAGAAGUUGGUAUGAAAGUGGCACUCAUAAUUGCAUUUGUUAGUUCAUUGGCAGGUUCCUUAAUACGGUACUCUUAUGUAAGUUUAAUCGUGGCCGGUACCAUGCUUAAUACUUCUCAUGAAGUUCCGCACGGGGCUUGUUCUACACCCAAAUUGUUUAAGUUUUUUCCAAUUGGAAAAAAUGUAAUCACUCAUGCAAAACACGUUUUAGACGAACAUAUUAGCAUACUAAAAUUAUUAGACGAUCCAAAUGGUAAGCGAAUCAUAGAAAAUAUAAAAUCUAAAUUUGAUGAGGAAUAUAUGUGCAAAAUUGCUUAUGUCCUGGCUAGUGAUGCAAUCCUCAAAACAAUAUGCUUUUCUCUAUGGGUAUCGGUGUCAGUUGAGACAAUGUUUUUCAUGAUAAAAUUAUGCUUUACAUUAUGUCCCCUUCGUGAAAGACUUGGCUGGAAAAGUAGAAUUUUUUGGAGGAAAAUUAUCGUGAGGUUUGUUUCAGGAUAUUCAUCUAUUUUUGUGGGAAUUGUUUUUGGGUUCUUAGGACAAGCAUAUCUGUCACCUCCAGCGUUCUACUUUUUUCUUUUGAACCUAAUAUCAAGUCUUUCUUCACGAUAUAUUUUUUCUCUUUUAAUAGGCAGCCUUUUUGAUUGUUUUUGCAAAUGUUAUUCGAAAGGUUGUAAGUCUGCUUGCAAGUGUAGUAAGUCUUCUUGUUCAAGUUGUAUUCGAGUUUUACCCUGUUGUAAAAAUAAUCCUAGGAACGAUUACGAUCGUAUAACAGAUGACAACACAAAUACAAAAUGUACCUGCAAAUGUACCUGGCGUUGUUUCAUAUGUGAUUGUGUUUUUUCAAUUGUGAUACUUGUUUGUUUAUCUGGUAUAAUAUAUCCUUGCGUAAAAUAUUUAGAUUGAUAGUACCAAAUAAGGACAGAUGCACAGGUGCACUGUUAUUUCUUAGUAUGCUAUUGUAUAGAUUUACCAGGCCUACUGUAUCUUGUCCUGAUUAUUGCCCCGAUUCUAAUUAGAGUUAAAUGUGUAAUGAAAUAAAAUGUGUAAAGAAAUACACUAAUCUUGUGGAUUCAGGGAUGCAGUUAUUACUAGAUAUCACUAUUUUCUCUGUUAUUUUCAGUUAUGUUUUAUUAUUACUUGUCAACUAAAAAUAUUGUUACAAAAUCAGAGAUUGCAUGUUAUACAAUAUUGCUAAAUAGUGGUUGUGUUGUAAGAAUUGUUUGCAUAAUAUGAACUGAUCAGAUAAGAAAUUUGAUGCUAUUAUAAUGUAAAUGAAAUUAUAUUAGUUAAUGAUGCAAUAUCACUUCAUCAACAUGGCAAAGCUGAAAUCAAAAGAACAUGAUUGAUAUUGCGGUUCUUUAUCUCCAACUUGCAGUUAAUAACACGCCUUCAACACAUAUACAUAAAUGCUCACACUUUAAAGCUAGUUCAACACCGCAUCUAGCAUCGGUUUGAGCAAUUGAUUUCCUAGAUGUCGAUCAAGCCAUAUGUACAUUGAUUUUGUUUUUUUUCUAUUAAGUAUUCAAAGUUAAAUCUUAAUUCGAUCUCCCCUCAAGUUAAAAAGACCUACAGCUUAUAAAGAAAUACUAUUUUCAUGACUGGUGAUAUUGGUAAACAUAGAGCAACACUUCGCAUUACUUGAUACGGUUCUUUUGUUGAUUCUACGAAUUCAAAAAGAAGAAAUUAGAAUCUUUCUAAACUAUUUCGGCUGUCUUCUGUAUUCGAAUUUCAUUUUUUUGAAUUAGGUAUCAAUUUUACACCAGAAAGGGUAAUAAUGGGUGUAUAUACCGUCUUUUGUACAUACUGGAUUAUGCAUGUAUACAAUAAGUGUAAAAAUAAGUUUAAAGCUUUUUAUUGUGUAGUUUGUAAUCAUACAAUUGUUUUACUAUUUACAGUGAUUCUUAUAUAUAUAUAUAUAUGUUUUAACUGCAUUGGUAUUGUACUGUUUAAAAUCAUAUACAUUUUAACACAGCGUUAUAGCUAAGCAAGCAUAUAUACAAUAUAUUUACAUUGUCGGAAAAUAGUAAAAUUUAUUUGUACUAGCUUUAGAAACAGGACGAAAAGCGAGACUCGCUGAGCUUUUCUCGAGUUACGCAGCGAGUACAAAUACAUUUUAUAUUUCCGACAAUGUACAUAUAUUGUUUUUAUCCUGCAAUUUACACCCGCCACUUAAAACUUUAGUUGUUAAAAUCCAAAUCAUCGUCUCUUAUUUUUAAAGAAAUAGACAUAUUUUAAACGCGGACCGCGAAGAGGAUCCCAAAAUGAACUGUUACACAAAAAGAAAUAUCCACAGUACAGGAGACUUUAUUUGUACAAUAGUUGGCUGAUUGCAGGAUAAAUUAAAAAAAAAACCUUUCAAUUUCAUCUCACUUAGUCACAAUUUGAUCUAACUAAGUCACACUUUGAUCUAACUUAGUCUAGUAACAAUUUGAUUUCACAAAGUCACAAUUUGAUCUAACCAAGUCACAAUUUGAUCUAACCAAGUCACAAUUUGAUCCGAGUCACAAUUUAAUCUAACUUAUUUACAAUUUGAUCUAACUUAGUCACAAAUUGAUCUAACUGAGUCACAAUUUGAUCUUUUAUAACUAAGUCACAAUUUGAUCAAACUGAGUCACAAUAUAGGUUUAACUGAGUCAUAGUUUGAUCUAACCAAGUCACGAUAUGAUCUGACUAAGUCACGAUAUGAUCUAACUAAGUCACGAUAUGAUCUAACUUAGUCACAUUUGAUCAAUUCAAGUCACAAUUUGAUUUAACUGAGUCACAAUUUGAUCUAACAAAGUAACAAUUUAAUCUAAUUGGGUCACAAUAUAGGUUUAACUGAGUGACAGUUUGAUCUAACCAAGUCACGAUGUGAUCUAAAUUACAUUGGAUCAAUAUACGUCACAAAUUGAUCUAAUAAAAGUCACAAUUUGAUCUUACUGAGUCACAGUUUGAUCAAACCAAGUCACAAUUUGAUGUAUCUGAGUCACAAUUUGAUCUAAAUUAGUUACAAUUUGAUCUCACCAAGUCACAAUUUGAUAUAACUAAGUCAAAAUUUGAUCUAAUGGAGUCACAAUUUUAUCUCACUAAGUCACAAUUUCAGAUUAUUCCCUAUAAUACAUACUUGUUUAUACUUCUUAGAAACGUUUUACUUUUGACCUUUUAUUUUCCAAUGCCGAUUCGGCGACAAAAAGCUACUGUUGGAUUUCGCAUUGACACCUUAAACGAACAUUUAAUUAAAUAAAUUUCGGAACAUUAUUGAGAUAAAAUGAGAUUCUCCGUUUCUUUUCUAUUUGAAAUUUAAACUUUCAAUAAUGUUUUGUUUACUGAAAACACUAAGCAAACACUUGAGACAACUUUUAAAAUUCUGAAUAUUAAAUUAGAAAUAUAUAUAUGCCAUCAGGUACAUUGUAAUAAAUUGAAAACAAUUAAUAAAAUUAAUAUCUGAAGAUGGAGAUAUUUUACAGGGUAUUGAAAUAAGGACAGAAAUGCGGACAAGUUUAUCACAUUCAAUUUUGCACACAAUAGUUUAUUUUCUUUGACUGGUUAUAUGAAAGAAAUAUCUCAUUUGUUGUGCCCGAGAAGCCAAUAACUGCUUUUUUUUCUAUAUAUCAGUGUAUUACCUAACGAUUUGAAAAAGUCCAAGCAACACGAAUAGUCAAAAUGACGUUGUUUUAGUUCAGUGAAAAAAAAAAAUAAGUCUCAAAAAUUAUUUGCCUGAGUAAUUGUCUUUGAAACUAUUGACUGGCAAAUACUAUGUUGAAUGUUAUAGCAAAAAUAUUUAUUAUUUUUUAAACAGAAAAUAUAUUGAGGUAUAAUAGUCUAGUAUAUACAUAUUCUUAGAAUGUGUAGUAUUUGAGGAUUUUGACUGUAACUAUAUUUAUCUUAUGAAAAAGACAAUCGGUGUAUCAAAAAUUAUUACUAGUAUUAACUAUUUUGUGUUUUUAUGCUCUUAUCAUUUUAACUCUAUAUAUUUAGCCCAUUUGUACACCAUUAAUUUCUUUAGAAAAUAAAAGAUGUUGUUAUAAA